AUGCGACAACGAUGUUGGGUAGAGUUACUCAAUGAUUAUGAGUGUGAUAUUCGUUAUCACCCUGUAAAAGCAAAUGUUGUCGCGGAUGCACUCAGCAGGAAGGAGCUGGAGAAGCCUCUACAUCUGCGUGCUUUGGGCUUGACCAUGCAGACAAGUUUGACUGGUCAAAUUUAUAAUGUGGAACAGGAAGCUUUGAAGGAUGAGAACCUGAGAAGAGAAGGUUUGAGAGGAUUAGAAUGCGAACUGAUACCAAAAGCGGAUGAAGUGAUGUACUUCAUGAACCGGGUUUGGGUUCCGCUUAGAGGUAACCUACGUGAACUGGUUAUGAACGAGGCUCAUAAGUCCAGAUAUUCCAUUCACCCAGGUUCUACCAAGAUGUAUCAAGAUAUCAAGGAGUUAUACUGUUCGCCGAGUAUGAAGAGAGAUAUUGCGGUCUAUGUCGGUGAUCAGGUUAUGUUGAAGGUAUCGCCUUGGAAAGGCGUUGUAUGGUUCGGAAAAGGGGGAAAGCUUAGCCCGCGUUAUAUAGGUCCUUUCGAAAUCGCAUCUCGAGUUGGAUCAGUCGCGUAUAGACUUAAGCUGCCGCAAGAACUCAGUGGAGUUCAUGACGUGUUUCAUCUUUCCAAUUUGAAAAAGUGUCUGUCUGAUGAGACGCUGCUUAUACCCCCCGGAGAGGUUCGAGUAGACGAUAAAUUGAGAUUUAUCGAGGAACCAGUGGAGGUUCUGGAUUGGAAAAUUCAGAAACUCAGGAGGAGUAGGAUUAAGUUGGUCAAGGUUCGUUGGGAUUCUAAACGUGGACCCAAGUUCACUUGGGAACGACAGGACCAGAUGCAACGGAAAUAUCCUCAUCUCUUCCCACCUAGUGCAAAAAAGAAACCUGUAGAGUAG